AUGACACUGCAGCUGCUUCGCUUUGCCGAGCACAUUAGCAAGGAUAUCCAGCGGUAUUUUGGGAGGAAGAGCAAAGAGCAGGAUGCAGACGCUUGCAACAUCUACGAGGACUGCUGCUCCCCUCCCUGGUCCGCGCGGGAGCAAUACUACACUGACCUCCUCAGGGUUUCGCAGCAUGGGGAGCCCGGACGAGGCGAGGUCCCGUCUGGCUGCAAGAGGCCUCCACUGCAGCUGGACCAGCAGCUGUGGGGCUCCCUGUGCAGCAAGGAUGAGGCCGAGAAGCUGGGGCCGCUGGCGGAGCUCUUUGAGUACGGCCUGUGCAGAUGCGCCAGGCAACCAGCCUCCUCCGGCCACAAGAAGCUGCGGCUGGAGCACAAGUACGGGCAUGUGGCCCCCAUGCACGGCAGGAAGCUGCCCCCGUCGUUCUGGAAGGAGCCGUCGCUCAGCCCCCUGUGCGUUCUCAGCGGCAAUCCCCCAGAUUUUAGUGACCUGCUGGCCAACUGGACUUCUGAAACCAGCCAGGAGGAGCUUCAUGCCAGCCGAGAGCUUGCAGGCGAGGCGAGUGGGCGGGCCGCGGACGGCGAGCAUUUGGGCAGCCUUUGA